AUGCUUAGGGUUGCUUUUUUAAUUUUCCUCCUCUCAGAAAAUACAAAAGAAAUGUUUCUCUUCUUUGCUCUUCUCCCCCAAGUACAGGACGAAGUGAGAGAGCCCAACGGCCCAUGGCGCCGCUUCCCAAACUACAUUUCCCAAGCUCUCCCCUGGGCGGGGCGUGGGGCGGUGAGCGGUUGGUGCCGGCGGUGGGGAGAGGAGGAUGCUGGAGAUGGCGGCGGCGGUGGGAAUGCGCCUGUAGCCCUGCUGCUCUGUGCCUCGCCUCGGGCCGCGAUUGAGGGAGGAACUCCUGUGAGGAAGCGGGGCUGCCGCCCCGGAGUGGCUCGGACUGCGCCGUGCCAGGGAGCUCUCGCCUCCCGCCCAAUAAAGAAGAAUGUCCUUGUUUAAAGCUAGAGAGUGGUGGUCCACCAUACUUGGAGAAAAGGAAGAAUUUGACCAAGGCUGUCUGUGUGUUGCUGAUGUUGAUAAUAGUGGCAGUGGACAAGAUAAAGUUAUUGUGGGCAGUUAUAACGGGUAUCUCCGAAUCUUCAAUCCACAUCCUGUGAAACCUGGAGAUGAAGUACAACCUGAAGACUUGCUCUUGGAAGUGCAGUUGCGAGAACCAAUAUUGCAGGUGGAAGUGGGAAAGUUUGUUUCUGGUACUGAAGGACUUCAUCUGGCUGUGUUGCAUUGCCGAAAACUCUGUGUGUAUGCUGUUUCAGGAACUCAGGGGAAUGUGGAGCAUGGGAACCAGUAUCAAAUUAAACUGAUGUAUGAGCACAAUCUUCAGAGAACUGCUUGUAAUAUGACUUAUGGCCCAUUUGGUGGUGUGAAAGGUCGAGAUUUGAUUUGCAUACAGUCCAUGGAUGGGAUGCUCAUGUUGUUUGAACAAGAAAGUUAUGCUUUUGGCCGGUUUUUACCUGGUUUUCUUCUGCCUGGUCCUUUGGCUUACAGCUCUCGCACAGACUCCUUCAUUACAGUGUCUUCUUGUCAGCAGGUUGAGAGUUACAAAUACCAAGUGCUGGCAUUUGCGACAGAUGCUGAUGAGAGACAUGACACAGAACAGCGAAAACUCAGUUCUGGAAAAAGGCUUGUGGUGGAUUGGGUUUUAAACAUCGGAGAGCAAGCACUGGAUAUAUGCGUUGUCUCAUUUAAUCAAGGAGUUUCUUCUGUUUUUGUGCUUGGUGAGAGAAACUUCUUUUGCCUAAAGGAUAAUGGGCAAAUACGAUUCAUGAAGAAGCUUGAUUACAGUCCAAGUUGCUUCAUUCCUUACUGUUCAGUGCGAGAAGGAACAAUAAACACUUUAAUUGCAAACCACAAUAAAAUGUUGAAUGUUUAUCAAGAUGUUACGCUGAAAUGGGCCACUCAACUUCCCUGCAUUCCUGUAUCGGUAAAAGUAGCGAAUUUUCAAGACUUGAAGGGUGUUAUAGUCACUCUGAGUGAUGAUGGGCAUCUUCAAUGUUCAUACCUUGGAACUGAUCCUUCACUCUUCCAGGCUCCUAAGGUUGAUUCUAGGGAAAUAAACUAUGAAGAAAUGAAUGCUGAAAUGAAGGAGCUUCAGAAAAUCAUCAGGGAGGCCUCAAAAACACAAGAUAUUUUGCCUGAAUCUGAAAAACAGAGAGAUGUAAUUGUCACAGCAGAAGUUUCACCUGAUUUGGAUGAAGAAUCUCAAGCCAUUGACAGUGAGGUAAAAGCAGGGGCAGUACCAUCAGUCACAGUAAAGAUAACAAUCCAGAGCAGAGUGACAGCACAGAAGCCAAGCCUGGCCGUGUGUGUGCAAGCUCCGUUAGCAGUGACCUGUGACCAGUUUGUCUUUGAUGAUUUAGAACCAGAUUCAUCUGAAACUGUGGUCCUGUCUGUCUUUUUGAAGGAGAAUUGUUCUCCACCAGAACUAGAAGGAAUUUGUAUGGUUUCCUAUAAUACACCAACAGAGCUCAAUCCUGAAGGAAUACCAAGAGUUUCACAGUGUAGCUUCAGUCUGCCUUUGAAGUUAGUGUGCUUUCCAGCUCAACCUUCAAAAGCAGCAAAUCACAAGCUAACUAUUGAUACGAACAAACCUCCCAUCAGUUUUGUCACCAUUUUUCCAGACUUUGUUGAUCCGUCUGAGGGUGACCAAGCAAAUGCUCUGGGAUUUCAGUUUUUGACUGGUUCAAAAACCACUCUUCUUGCUUCAAAAACAUCACAACGAUAUAGGAUUCAGAGUGAUCAGUUGGAAGACCUUUGGCUGGUAACAAAAGAGCUCAUACACCGACUACAAGAGCAUUUCAAGAAACAAAACUGCAAGGAUUUUGCAUGUACCUUUUCUGGUUCAAUUCCCCUGCAAGAAUAUUUUGAACUAAUUGAUCAACAUUUUGAGCUACGUUUGAAUGCUGAGAAGUAUCAGGAGCUGUUAUCUGAAAGGGCUGUACAGUUUCGAGCUAUUGAGCGGCGACUGCUGACGCGAUUCAAAGACAAAACUCCAGCUCCUCUUCAACAUCUGGACACCUUGCUAGAAGGAACAUUCAGAGAGGUAAUAGCUCUAGCAGAUGCAGCAGAAGAAAAUCAAGCCAACAUGUUCCAGGCAUUUGCAAAGUUGAAAAGUGCCACCCAUCUGGUGAUUAUGCUGAUUAGUUUGUGGCAGAAGCUCAGCACUGAUCAAAUUGCUAUUUUGGAAGCUACGUUUUUGCCAUUAGCAGAGGAUACACAAGAGCUGGGUUGGGAAGAAACUGUGGAUGCUGCAGUCUCUUACUUAUUAAGAACUUGUUUAUCAAAGAGCUCCAAGGAGCAGGCCCUGACCCUCAGCAGCCAGUUGUCCAUGCCCAAAGAUACCAGCAGACUGAAGAAAAACAUCACCCUCUUCUGCGAUAGAUUGGCCAAAGGUGGGCGCCUUUCAUUGAGUACAGACUCGGCCACUCAGCAAGCUGCUGUCAUGCCAGGUGGCUGUGCUACAAUCCCGGAGUCUGAUCUAGAGGAGAGGACCGUUAUACCCGGCUCCACCGUGGUGUUUGCCAGUCACGGGCACACCACAAAGAAGAAAUCCAAGCCUGGUCUGUCUGAGGAUGCAGCAGAGGAAACACAAAGCCAUGAACUCUGACGACAACCCUCAGGAGAAAUUUCUGUCUGAUGCCAGAUGCAUUCAUAAUGCAGCAGUUCCAAUGCAUUUUACUCUGUAGUGAUUACAGCUUCCAGAAGGAGAGAACUGUACUAAUUUAUAUGAAAACAAAAAAGUUCCACUCUAAUAAUUUGGUUGGGUCUCCCUGCCAACUGCUAUCAUCCUUUCUGUGAGCAAAGUUUAAGCACUUACCCAACUGUGGUAGGGGUGUUGUGUUGUGUUUUGCGAUAUAUCAUCCCUUUCUAAGGAUUCAGUUGAUUGAUCAAAGACUGUUUAUACAUAGUUAAAAGCAAACUUUGUUUCAUGAUAUGUUUUGUCUUUUUAAAAGAUAUUCUGAAUUGUACCUCCCUUUGAGAUUAUAUUAACAUUUGUUAUAUCACAGUUUUGACAAAAGAUAAUUAUCUCGUUUCCUCCUGUACUAACAUUCAUGAUUCCAGACAACUGAAUUCACCACCAGGAGAAAAACUGGUAAUCCAUCAACUCUUUUCCCCCCUCUCUCAUUGCUUAUACAGACUCCUGCUCUCUGGAGAUAUGGAGUAAAAUAUGGUUACUGGACAUAAAGGGCAAACCCUUUUGCCAUUAACUAUGCCACUAUGAAUGGGAGUAAAGUUUACACUGUAAGUACCUUGAGCACAGCAACACAUGGAUCUUUUUAUGGUUACCUGUGAUUUCUGCUUUUCUUGUCAACCAGUCUGCUCUAGUUAUGGUAAGAUUUUCAAAAGUAACUACCAACUUUUGAGUGCCUUAAUUUUUAUUAUUUCAGUUGGAGGGUGCUUUGAGUGUUGUGUGUUUUGAAAGUUCUGAGUAUUUGCCUUCUGAAGGUCAGGCCCAUGCAAGGUGUCUGAAAUACAACACCCAACAACUGAAGCAAACUCGGCCUAGAGUUUGGAAGAGUCAGGCUCAUGUCUGGAUUUCUGAGAGUGAGUUGAGAUAUUACUAAAAUACACUUGGAACUGAAAAUAACUGAGACCAGGAUCAAGUGUAUAAACAGGCAUUUGAACAACUGUUGCUAGUUCAUACCAAGAUACAAGUUGCAGUCUCUUGGAUGGCAGAUACAGAAUACACUGAUAGCUGCAGUUCAGUUUGUGGUAAAUGCAAGUGCAUGAGCCAUCUCCACAUCCCACACUCCUGUUGGUUUCCUCAACAGGGGGUCACCAGCUCCUGUUCUAGCUGUAGUAAAUGCUCCUUCACCUCAUUUUAUGCUGUUUCAAAAGAGGUUGUAACAGUUGCUGUGGUCAAUGCUAGCUUAAUCUAAUAAGGAGACAUUAUUUUGCAGAAUGUCUUAAGCCAUCAACCUUCAUCAUCUCUAUGUCUACUUUCAACUUCUUUUCAUCCACCCACCCCUAAAACAAAACCAGCUUUGCAGCUCUUGUGCAUCUGCUGCUUAACCCUCUGGCCCUAUUCUGGCUCAGUACAUGAUGUAACUGUUUCAAGAAGCCUUUUUCAACAUGUUAGCUAUUAAAUAGCUCAGUAGCCAAGGAACUGGGUAAGGCCUCUGAUACCUCUAGGACUGAAGUGAGCUGUAACUCCUAACAAAAAUGACUCUGUCCCCCAGGAGACCUCAGAUUUAUCUACAAGAUGUGGGGCCAGAAAUCUUGCUUCUUUCCCAGGAAGGAAAAAAUUCCUACCCCCUGCUUGUUAUGGAGUGAUUCUGCUCUCUGAGUUUUCUUCACUCUGAUCCCUCCCCCGUGGUGUUUUGUCAGGAGGGUGGUAUCCGACCCAUUGUCAAGGUACCCUGCUGCGCUGUGAAAAUUACACAAUAAAAUAAUCUCCUGUAGUCUCUGUACACACCUCAGUGACCAAAAAAGUCCAUGGAGAACUAAUCAAUUACUGUAGCUAUUAGGCUUAAAUGUUAACUAUAGAUCUCAAAUCUUCUUUUGUCCUCUUGUCAGUGGCUACUAGGGAAUCUCGAAAAAUCAAGCACAGUUACUACAGAAAGCCUGUACCAUAAUGGUAUAGAAUCCUGGACCAAAUAAUCCUAAAUUAUAGGCAUAUAAUAUAGCUGGAAAGUACACUGCUAUGAGACUUCUGUGAAAUAUAUUACUCUGUCAUGAUUCCCAUUAUUGAAUGUGAUCCCAGUGCUCAGAGCUGCCUGGCUUUGUUGGGACUUUAGGGUAAAUGACAAGUAGGCACUCAGGUCAAUUAUAUCAUCCACUCUUAUUUAAGUUUUUUUCUGUCAUUUUAAGAUGUAAUGCUCAGAAACACUCUUAUUUGCCUUUUCUGCUCCAUGCUUUGCAAAAUAAGGUCUCAUGAGGAUAGUUCUACAUAAAGGAGAAAAUAUGCUGGUAAUAAAGGGGAGGGGGGAAAGGAGGAAAAAGGUAGAACUGUCUAUAUUAGUAAAGUAUGACCUCUUUGUAUAUUGUGCUAAAUUGCAGUAUUUGAUAGUAUCAUCAAGAUUUAAAAGUUGCAUUAAAUAAAAAUUACUUACUUUCCCCCAAUGCCAAAUAGUCCAUCUAAUUCAGAGGAAGGAAGUAAUUGAAAUGUAGUCAUUUAUGCUGCAGCCUAAGAGGAAAUAUUGUAAAGUAAUUCUUAGCAGUUCUCAAAUGUAGUUUGAAUUUUUAAGAAAGUUCUUUUUGGCUGGGAAAAAAUCAGGCCAAUUACAGGAAGUUUGGAAGCUAGAGAGGUGUAAGGAAUGUAAAGAAACAUUGCUAGUUUGGGAGGACCAUAUGUUUUGUUCUCAUCAGCGAUGUUUCUGAGGCUGAGAGAGGCACUGGUGGCCAGUCAAACUGUUUUGAACAGGAUUUUAUAGUAAUGCCUGGUCAGCUCUUCUGGUCAGCUUAAAUAUGCAGCCUAUCUGCAUGUUUAGCUAUUUGAAUAGGAUUCCAUAUGGUUAAGUAGCUCAAAGACUAAAAUUAAUUUUAAAUUACAAUUUUAUUGAAAUAAAUCUAAAAGAAAUUUUGUGACAUUUUGAAAAGAAUGCUGUGAUUCAUGGCAUCUUUAUUAUCUAGAACUUUGAAAUACAUUUUCUAAAAUAAGUCCUAACAUAAAGCAUAUAUUUUCCUGUUAAACAGGUAAAUACUUCUAAAGUUUAUUUUCUUUGUAGAAGUUUGUUUUCAGAAUGUUAUUGUCCAAUGGCUUUUCUUUAAUUUUGUUUUUCUGCCAUUGCAUUUUAGAAAAACAGAUUAAAACAAUUACUACUCUGAUGACCAAAAUCUGGAGGUCUGGACACUGCUCAUCUUUUGGGCUUUGUACACAAUGCUGAGUUCAAACUAAGAUUGUGGUUUCCAGCCCCAGAUUCAUUCUUCUGUCCAACUAUUAUUCAACUGUGACACAGAAAAACAACAUUUCUCUGCUUUCAAGGGGUUAGGCUUUCCUUUAUAAUGUCUUGUUAUUUUCUCUUCUUCAGCAUUUACUGUACAGAGAGAAUUAGAGAUAAAUUUCAGUAUUCUUGUAUUGCUUAUAAAGAGUAAUUUACUGCCAUAAACUGAAAUUUGUUGAGCAGAGAUUGUAUUUCUAUGUGAAGUUCUUCCAGCAUUGGAAAAAAAAAUAAAAAUUACAAGAUAUGCAUAAUUUUGAAUAAGUAUCUUUCCUUCUUAUCAGAAUCUUCAGUUUAUAAAUAAUCUACUAAAAAAUGGUGUAAAAUAUAUUAUAUACUCCUGAAACCAA